CUCUUCUUUUAACAAAACAACCUGAGAUGGAAACAGAAUAUGAAGAACAAAUUUGUAGUCCAACUGAUAACUCAUGUGAGGGUUUGGAAACUGAAAGUGGGACAAUCAAUAUGAAAUUUGAUUACAAAGGACAUAGAAUUCCUAUAAACGGGGUAGAAGAUAUGGGUGGAUUGAAUUUUAAGAAGUUUACUCCAGCUGAAUUAUUGCAGUAUGACUUUCCUAACCGUGAGGUGGCUUUUACAUUCUAUAACUGGUACAGUCGAAUGCAUGGAUUUUCUGCCCGCAAAAACAGGAUAAGAAGAAACAAAGACCAAGAGGUUGUCCAACAGGAGUUUGUGUGUUAUAGGCAAGGGUUUAGAGAAGAUAGAUUUAAGGACAACAAAAUCCGUCAGCGUGAAGCAAAGGUAGUUACAAGAUGCGGUUGUGAGGCAAAGUGUACUGUGCAUUUUGAUCACAUCAAUCAACGUUGGUACGUAAGAUGGAUAAAUGAUUACCACAAUCACCCUUUUGUUGAAGAAAAAUUUAUUGGGUUUCUACCAGGUCAUAGGGGAAUGGAUGAUGAUGACAUACUUCAAAUGAAUCACCAUAAGAAGUCGGGGAUUAGGACAUCACAAAUAUUUGGAUCAUUUGCUAAUCAAGUUGGUGGAUAUGAGCAUGUCACUUUCUCAGUUCAAGACAUGUAUAAUGCAGUAGACAAGGAGAGGCGUUCUAAAGGUACUGACUCAAGAGCUGCAUUAGCAUAUUUGCGUUCUUUGAAGAGUUCUGAUCCAACAAUGUAUUGGAAGCAUACAGUUGAUAAACAAGGAAGGUUGGAACAUUUAUUCUGGUCUGAUGGUAGGAGUCAAAUGGAUUACAACAUAUUUGGGGAUGUUUUGGCUUUUGAUGCAACAUACAAAAAGAAUCGAUAUUUGUGUCCUCUAGUUAUAUUUUCAGGGGUAAAUCACCACAACCAAACUACAGUAUUUGCCACUGCUAUUGUUGCCAAUGAGACUGAGGAAACAUAUGUUUGGUUGCUAGAAUGUUUGUUGGAAGUAAUGAAUGGCAAGAUGCCAAAAUCUGUGAUAACGGAUGGUGACUUAGCAAUGAAGAAUGCAAUAAGAAGGGUGUUUCCUAAUGCCCACCAUAGACUAUGCGCUUGGCAUCUUAUAAGGAAUGCAACCUCCAAUGUGAAGAGCAACAGAUUCACGCAUUUGUUUAGGAAAUUAAUGUUGUGUGAUUAUGAGCUUGUUGAUUUUGAAAGAAAAUGGAAUGACAUGGUUACCGAGUGUGGAGUUGAAGAUAAUAAUUGGGUUUUAGAUAUGUAUGAAAAGAAGGAGAUGUGGGCUACAGCACACAUUCGAGGUAAGUUUUUUGGAGGUUUUAGAACUACUUCCCGUUGUGAGGGGCUUCAUGCUAAAAUUGGCAAAUUUGUAAACUACCGCAAUAAUUUAACUGAGUUCUUGCAACAUUUCAACCAAUGCAUAGAAUAUUUAAGGUACAAAGAGCUUGAAGCUGACUAUCUAUCGAUGCAUGGUGAACGUGUGACUCAAACUGAAUUCCAUUUACUUGAGAAAAAUGCAUCGAAAGUUUACACAAAAAAUGUUUUCUUUCUAUUUCGCACUAUUAUGCAAAAAUCAUCUGCUGUCAAAGUUGUUGGGUGCAAACAAACAGCUUCCUGUUUCAUAUAUAUUGUCAAUAAAUAUUGUAGAUCUGAUAGUGAAUGGCACGUGUCUUACUGGCCUGUUAGUAUGGAAAUAAAAUGUUCAUGUCUUAGGAUGGAAUCUAUUGGUAUCCCUUGUGAUCAUAUAGUAUGUGUAAUGGUUUAUUUGAAUAUGGUAGAAAUUCCAUCAUCUUUGGUGUUAGACAGAUGGACAAAGAAUGUUAAGGACUUGAGUAAUUAUACAAGGCAAGGACAAUCAGGUGGAUGGGAUUCGAUGUCAGUUUGUCGCUACAAAUCUUUAAAUCAGAGAUGUAGAGAAAUCAAUAGUUUGGUGUGUAAGAAUCCAGAGGCUUACGCUGAAACUAUAGAGUUGUUGAAUGAUCAUUACGGACAUGUUAAAAGUAAGUAUGAGGUACAAGAUGAGGGUAGUGAUAAGAUGGAAGGACACAAUGAGCGUUAUCUGCAAAACCCAGUCAUUGCUAGAACCAAGGGACGUGGCGGAAAUGUUGCGGGCAGGGCUGGUAACAAAAGGAAAAAAAGUCAAUGUGGUUUUUGUGGGAUUGUUGGUCAUAAUAAGCAAACUUGUGCUGCAUUUAAAAAACAGAAAAAGACAGUUGACAAAAGUGAUGUAGAUGAUGAUGAGGAGGAUGAUGGUGGUGGAGAUGAUGAUGAUGAUGAUGACGACGACGACUACCGUUGAUAAUAUUGAUCAAGCUGAUAUUUGUGAUGAUUUGCAAGGUACUUUGUAUUAAUUUUUUAAAAAUUU